AUGGUCUUCCUUUUCCUUUUGAGUUGGAACGUUGCUGGUCUUUCCACGGUUGUGAAUAGAAUUCAUACAUCCUACAGUGACGGAGCAAAAGACGGUAGUGGUAGUAGCAAACCCAAGAAAGGGUUAGGUGGCCAAUGCCGUGUCAUUGCGCGCUACUUUGAAAAACACGGAUCCCCAGAUAUAGUUUGCUUACAAGAAGCGAAGAUUCCAAGACCACAACUCACCAAUCGAUCAGAGCCAGGAGGAUGUGCCAAUGUGGAAGGAUACGAAUCUUUUUGGUCCUGCCGUCUCGAUGAUCCAAGCAAAGGAAUGAAUGGAGUGGUCACGUACGCCAAAAAGGGCACUGUGAUUUCCGCAAAUGCUUUCGCCUUGGGAGAUCCAAAACUAGACGACCAGGGUCGUUGUGUGCUGACAGACCAUGGCAGCUUUUGUGUGUUCAAUGUUUACGUCCCGGCGUCCUCGGGAACACACUCUGUACAAGAUAAAAUGCGUUUUCUCCAAGCUCUACGGAGAGCCAUGAAAAAGCAAAGAGAAGUCCAUAAGAAGGCUGUCAUCCUCACGGGAGAUUUGAACAUUUCACAUGGGAAACUCGAUGUGUACUGGCGAGAUCUUGUGGUGCACGUCAAUGAAAUUCUUCAGCAAGUUCGACAGCAUCAACAUCAAUCCGAUGCAACCACAUCAACAACAACUCCCAAUUCAAAAGACGAUAUUCCUACUUGGAAACGACAAUUGGCUCAGGCAUGGCCUAUCAUUGUGGAAACGAUGAAAACCAAGCAAGUGGUUCCCAGUCAAACUCAGAAUGUCAAAACUGGAGAGAAGUUUGACAAGUUCCGGUUGCAAGUGACCAUGAACAACCCAACAAGAAUCAUUCCCUUGGGAAAAAAUUAUAACGUUGAAGAAUACUGUCUGCAUGGAUAUUGUUUUGAUGAGGUGAAAUUCUACACGGAUCCGGAAACAGAUGAGGUACAACCAACAUCCCAAGAGAAUGCUGUCUCGCUUUCUAUCUUGCAAGAGCUCAUGCUCAAAAUUGCCAAGGUGGAAUGGAACGAUGAGACUUUGAGAGAGAUUGCCAACUCUUCCGAUGCAGGACGAUCUCGCCCUCAUCCCUUUCGUGAAUGGCUAAGCCAAGUCUUGGAGGAAGAUGACAUGGUUGAUACCUUCCGCCACUACUACCCGGAAGCAAAGGCCCGUUUCACAUGUUGGCACCAAUACACGAACAAGCGGUACACAAAUGAGGGUGCUCGCAUCGACUACUUCCUUGUCGACCGUUCCCUCUUGCCUUAUCUUGAGAAAGGAGGACCUUUGCGGACUGGUGAGAGUUUUGAUGUGAAACUCAAUGACACUCCAGCAAACAACAAUUUGGAUUCAAAUGCAGCAGAAAUCGAUCCACUCACCGAAGAAGCAGCCUUGGCAGCAGCCAAUGCUAGAGGUCAAUUCCAGAUGGCUGCCUUUGAAGGAGGUGGAAUUGCGGAAGCAACUCAGCGGGCUCUGGAUACACAGUUCGGCCCACGUCACACAGGAAUAGUGUACACUCCGCCCUCCUUCUCAGACCAUGUGGCGGUAUCUCUCUUACUGGAUGAUGGCUCAGGGAAGAGUGAUGGCGAUCCAGGAGGCCACUGGAGAUGCAAAGAUUGGGGCAACUUGGUCCUGCAAGAGACUGAUGCGGUAACAAAGAAAGCACAGCCACACAAAGUCCAAAAAUCAAUUGCUUCCUUCUUUGGCAGCCAGGCUGGCACAGGCAACAACAAGCUCUCAAACAAGUCCACGGCUAGCAAGUCCUCCUUCAAACCAAAGCUUCCACAAAAGAGGCCCUCAAUUGAAUCAUUCUUCAAACCAAAAACGGCUGAUGGCUCCCAAAAUGAAGCGCCUAAUGCGAUUCCAAAGCCUGAAGGAAAGGGGGCCCAGACCAAGGCGAGCACCACCAACAACAACCGAAAGAAGAAGAAAACGGCGCCUUCCAUUUUGAAUCACUUCGCGAAGAAAUAG